AACCACCUCCUCCUACUGUUCAAGUACAGGGGCCUGGUCCGCAAAGGGAAGAAGAGCAAAAGACGAAAAUGGCUAAAUUCGUGAUCCGUCCGGCCACCGCCGGCGACUGCAGUGACAUCCUGCGGUUAAUCAAGGAGCUGGCUAAAUAUGAAUAUAUGGAAGACCAAGUAUUAUUAACUGAAAAAGAUCUGCUAGAGGAUGGUUUCGGAGAGCACCCAUUCUACCACUGCCUGGUUGCUGAAGUGCCUAAGGAGCAGCGGACAGCGGAAGGACACACCAUUGUUGGUUUUGCCAUGUACUAUUUUACGUAUGACCCCUGGAUUGGCAAGUUACUGUAUCUUGAAGACUUCUUCGUGAUGAGUGAUUAUAGAGGUUUUGGUAUAGGAUCAGAAAUUCUGAAGAAUCUAAGCCAGGUCGCAAUCAAGUGCCGCUGUAGCAGCAUGCACUUCUUGGUGGCAGAAUGGAAUGAACCAUCUAUCAGCUUCUACAAGAGAAGAGGUGCUUCUGAUCUGUCCACUGAAGAGGGGUGGAGGCUCUUCAAGAUUGACAAGGAGUACUUGAUCAAAAUGGCAGCAGAGGAGUGAGGAAUGCUGGUGUAAAUGAUGACAACUUCCAUUCUAUUUUAGAAUAAAUUCUCAACUUCUCUUGCUUUCUAUCCUGUUUGUAGUAAAAUAAUAGAAUGAGCACCCAUUCCAAAGCUUUAUUACCAGUGGCGUUGUUGCAUGUUUCAAAUGCAAUCUGUUGAAAAUGGCAGUCUCAUAUACAAUUUGGAGUCAAAUUUCUCCUUGAACAACUUUUGAUAAACAGCAAGGUGGUAUGAUCAUAAUAUAUAUGGAAAACUUCAUUCUUGUGAGUCAUUUAAAUGUGUACAAUGUACACACUGGUACUUAGAGUUUCUGUUUUGGUUCUUUUUUAAUAAACUACUCUCAUUUAAUUGGUUGA